CCCGUCGGCGAGUCGGGCAAGUCUCGCCCACCGAAUGCGGUCAGAGUUUCGGAACACACCCGCCUUCUCGACUCUUUUGAUUCUGUCAACGAAGCGACAAUACUUUCGGGGUCGGUGAUCGCACUCCGGCGAACGAAAACGACGGCGGGCAAGGCCGGCUCGGCGCGGCGGCAAUGGCAGCGAUGGCGGCGACCCGACACUCGCUGCAGUGCGAGCUGUUCCGACCGAACGACGAGCGUCUUGUCGACGUCGUCAACGUCGUCGAGGCGACGAAACGCAAGAAAAUGAGCCUUCUGUGCGCCGUGGUGAGCACGGACAAGCCCGUGCGCGUCAGUUUAUGCCAAGUGAAGAGCACCGACAAGGAUCUCUACAAGAAGAAACACAGCUGGUCUUUGCGCGACCUACGCCUCGUGGACGGCCGGAAAGCGGACAGCGCCGAGUUCGAUUUGCACUUCGAUAAAGUUUACAGGUGGCAAGCCAGGAACAUACAGGAGCGCAAUGAUUUUUUGCGCUGCCUAUACCGCUUGUGCGUCCACUAUGCGCCACAGCAGCAACGUCCCCGUUUCGAGAAUGUGCCCAAGACGCUGCUGGAAGACGAUGGCCGGGCUCUGCUUUUGGAGAAGGUGGUCGCGGACGAGGUCGAUGACUAUCAGGCGCUGACAGCACGCGAGGAGGCUGACCUGGAGUGCCUGAUGGCCAAGUAUGAGUUUGCCAUUCACAAUGCUGAAGAGUUCACCGAGCAGCUUGCUCGUGAACUGGCUGCGCUGGACGCCUCCAACGUGCAUACCAUCAUGGAGUCUGAACGGCGGGUACAGAAGCUCAUGGAGAUGACACAGGUGGCGCUAGACGAGGUGUGCCGCCUUGAACGCCGUCUGGAUGCAUACGAGCAUCUGCUGCGCACUGUCCGUGACAGCGUGCUGCGAAUGGAGGAGAAGGAUGCCCUGCUGCACGUGCAGAACGAGAACAACGUCCGCCUCCUGCACGAGCUGGAGACUCUCGUUAAUCAGCUCGACCUGCCGCAUGCGCACCAGGUAGCCCUUCUUAAUGGAGACUUGUCCAGCCAGGAUGGCAUUCGUGCCUGCACUGCAGCUGCCCGGGCUCUCGAGGAGGCCUGCAGCGCACAGACCCGCCCAGGCCUGUCCAAGAUGGCUGCCGUCCAGGAGCAGACGAAGCUCCUGGAGAAGCUGCGGGACAAGUUCAGCACCACGCUGUCACACCACCUCAACAAGCUGUUCCUGAGGUUAGCCUCGGAAACAAGCCAGUGCGGUGAGGUGACACUUGUCAAGCACACGGGCUGCCACAAUGAACUGCGACCCUACAGCGAGCUGAUGCUAUGGCUCUCGCGGGCGCCUGACCCAACGCGAUUUGCACAGCUCCAGAAGAACUACAUCAACACUAUGAGCAAGCUCUAUGAACGAGAGCUCCACAUCUUCUUUGAGCAGGCCAAGGACAGGCUCACCUCAAAGCCCAUGACGGGCACGCUGGACCGACGGUUAUCAAGCAUCCAGCAGGCGGAGACAACGGAACCGAUGGAGAAUCGCUUCGAUGCAGUUCUGGAGCGUCUGCUCAGCAUGCUGGAGCCUGUUUGCCUGGCCGAGCAGCAGUUUUGUGCGGCCUUCUUCGGGCUUGGCUCAGCGCGGCUUCCUGGCUCCGUGAGCAGCCAGCCAGCAGCGGCGGGCAUUGGGUACUCGACGCCUGUACGGGCCGCCUCAGACGAAGCCUUGGCUUCGGUUCACCGCAAGGAGCGUCAGAUCAACGAGGAGCUCCGCCGCAUGAUGUCAGCCCUCUUCCCGACGCUGGAGGCCAAGCUGCAGAACUUUCUUGAGACGUAUGACAAGUUGGAUGGGGUGUACUCAAUGCACCUGCUGGUGCGGCUCAACCAGCAUGUCAUGUCGGCGCAGGACACCGGUUCUUUCCUCAGCAUGGCCUUCGGCACCGUGGUAGUGCAAGCCAAACGUAACUUCGACAGAUACAUGGCUGACAAGGUGCGGGCAGUAGAAGAGGCCAAGGCACCGAAGCGCUCCAAGUGUGGCCUCCUGCCUUUCCUCAACCACUUUGAAGAAUUCGCCAAGCAAGCAGAGGCCAUCUUUCGCCAAUCCGAGCGUCGUGCCGACCUCGACAAGUGGUACACACGCCUGGUUCGUGCCAUGUUUGACGCCAUCGGCCGCAUCGCCCUUGAGCACCAAAGAACGCCCCCUGAGGUUGUUCGACUAGAGAACUUCCACCAGCUGUACACGUUGCUCUACCAACUCAAGAUUAGCUGCCUCGAGGCUGAGCGUCGCGAGGCGAAGCAGCGCUACAGUGAGGCGCUGCAGGCCUACGUGACGCACUACUUCGGCCGGCCCCUGGAGAAACUGAACCUGUUCUUUGAGGGCGUCCAGAGCAAAGUGGCGCAGGGCGUCAAGGAGGAGGAGGUGGGAUACCAGCUGGCAUUCAGCAAGCAGGAGCUGCGCAAAGUGAUCAAAGAGUACCCGGGAAAAGAGGUGAAGCGCGGACUGGAGGCCCUGUACCGCAAGGUCGAGAAGCACCUCUCAGACGAGAGCAGCAGCCUGCUACAAGUGGUGUGGCACUCGAUGCAGGACGAAUUCAUCCGCCAGUACAAGUCACUCGAGGCGUUGGUGCAGCGCUGCUACCCGGGGUCCAUGAUUACCCUCGAGUUCACGAUAGAUGACAUCCUCGCUUUCUUUUCGGACAUUGCUCGUUCCCACUAAUGGCCUUUUCAAUGUGACACAAGAUUGUGCACUUUAAAUGGACUUCCACGGGGGAGACAUGCUCAUUUAGAACACUUCUGUGGAGGAAGCAUGAAAGAGUGCAUGUAUGGCCAUUAAGCUAAUUGUUAUUGCCUCGUACCAAAGGUGUCGAUUGAAAGCUGAAAUUGAAUUGUACGUAUUGUUUGCAUCUAAUUGUGAUAUUGAAUGAUGUUUCACUGGCACCGCAAGAUAGGUUGAACUGGGUUACUGCGACAAUAAGAAAUGAGUUUUUGAUGCUUUGAAUAAACAAGAACUAAGCCUUAUUUAUGUAUAUUACAGGGUGAGAUAUGGCCAUGUGAAGUUAAGUUUGCUGUGUUACCUGCACUGGGGGGGGGGGGGGGGGGGGGGCUUUUUUAGUGAAAUAGAAUUGUUUUGGUGCUCCAAGAGCCAGGUUGCACUAGACGAAGUAUUGCUAGAGGAGUAUUGCUGGAGGAGUGCUUCAAUGAUGCACUGUCGUGGCUGACGUCUGAAGCGGUAUUCUCAGUCGAUAACUUUCGGGGACCCGAGCACAUCUGUGACAGUUCAUGUGGCUCGGCACUAUUCACAUUGGCAGACUAGCUAGACUAGACUAGCUGCAGCGUGCUUUUCGCAGUGUGAGAAAUGCUAUUACCUGAAGGCACUGAUGUAUCUGGUGCUAAGUCGUGUGAAAUCUUGUGAAAGUGAUCAUAAUCUCGAAGCAGAUCGAUUGAGGCUAUGGCUUAGUGAAAAUAUUUUGACACUUUGUGAAUACCUAAGUAUUGGGGCACAAGAACAUUGCCACGAACUUUGCAUGUUACCAGUUCAUUAGCAUGCAAAUGAACUGGAAGUAGUUCUUGCAUACUUGUGAAGUCUUAAACACAGUGUGGCUGUUCUGUUCUUCCUGAACUGUCCAGAGACAAGGCGAUCCUUUGGAAUAUAUUUAGACAAGAAACAUUACAUAUAAUAACUCUGUCAUAUUGAAAUUUGUGUGGCCAUAUGAAAUGUGAAGCUGGAAUGCAUUAAAAGCUCAAGUGCAAAGUGGGUAAUGGCGUGGUUACGCAGGCUAGAUCUCUAGCACUUCCUAGAUAACAGCAAGCCGGCGCGCUUUGAGGCAUGAUGUCAUGUGGAGAUUUCAAGAUCCGAUGUAUCUCAACAGAAGAUGUAGACAACGCCUCUUAUGGUCAUAUUUUUUUUCAAGUCACAGCUUAACAGUUUACCUGUGCUACUUGAGCCGUGGCAUCUUUUGGGAUGAGAUUUGAGGCCUACGGGAUGCCAGCAGCCCACAAACCUCAACAGGGGACAUGGACAAUGCCUCGUGCAAACGCAUUUCUUCUAAGGCCCGGUUUGCACUGGGAGCAUACCCCUGUGUAGGUGAUGCCAGUCAGAGAUGAAAGUUAUUCAGCUACCUUUGGUUUUGAAGCUACCAGCUCGCAAUAAUAUACUGAGAGCUUCGUAAGGUAAUGCAUAAGUACAUCAAGAGGGUGGAAAGAAAGGGAGGGGGAUAGAAACCUUUGCGAUUUUAGCAGCUGUGCAUCAUUGAUAGCUUUUGUGCAACUUUGACCCUGUUGCUGGUUUACAAUUGCAGUGUGGCAUAGUGCAGCAAGAGGCAAGUGCUCAAAUGCAGAUUUUUUUAUCUAAUGAAGGACCGCAUGAAACUUGAGGGCAUGUAAAGGGUGAGAGUUAUCAGCGUGCAGACAGAAACCGAGCAGGAUUGACAGCAAAUAUGGCAAAGACAGUCAUUUGCUGCAGCCUUCAGUAAUCCAAGUAUCCCAAAGUUUAUAAGCACCUAUAGAAUGAAAACGGCAAUCUAUGGCUAGUUUGCGAAGCCUUUAUUGUGGAAUGAGAGUAUGUAUCAGCACAAGUUGCUUGAGUUGCUAGUUUAACUUGCUGCUGAGAACUGUUCAUGACCUUUUAAUUGACAGUGGACAAUACCCUGACCUCAUUUUUUGGUCAUACCCUGUCACUCACCAACUUUGAGAAAUGCACUGAAAGUGAUGGGUUACAGCAACCAUCUAGAAACAGCAGAAGAGGGGCUCGAUUGUUGCCUGCUGCUGCUGCUUCAUUUGUUGUGGUGCUGGCUGAAUUAACACAAUGGGCAAGUCGUCCUCAUUUCUCCAAGACGUGCAGGCAGAUUUUCAUUGCUGAUUUUCUGCUGCACUCUGUAGCUUCCACUAUGCUGUGUGAAAUAGGUCAGGUGGAGUAUGGCUUACUUUCACUGGUGGCCUUUGCAUGUUGUGGGCUUCUGUGCUCAAGUCCCACCUUGAGAGCUGCCUUCGGAAAUAUGCUGUAACAACUACAAAAACUGGAAUUGAAGUGCUUCUUUAGAGGGUGUGAGAGUGUGUGCUUUCUAUAGCUUAAGCUGAAUGCUAUGUCAUUGUACAAGAUGUGUCACAUGAAAUUCAAGAUUCUGACUUGUAUCUUUCUGUUGCAUGUAAUUGCGGUAUUUGACAGUAGGCCAUUGUCUUAAAAGGAAGCUUUAGCUCGGGCCCGACUCCGACGCGGCCUAUUCAAAUACAUGAAAAAUGCAAAAACGUUUUUCUGAGAUAACCUCUGGACCAAUUUUAAUUAAAUUUGUUGCAUUUGAGAGAGAAAGUUAAAAUAUAGUGGCUGUUGAAAGGGGAAUAUUGAUUGAGGGCCUGAAUUUUGCUAGAAAGAUUUUCAAAAAUUUGAAAGUUCGAAAAAAAGAUAGAAGCGUGAAGUUUACAAAUUAAUAGCUCUGCAUCAGAAACAGAUAUCGUGGUUCUCCUAGACCAUUGAAAAUGGACAAAUUGGGUAUGUCAAUUUGUUACAUUGUGUGCAAGGGUUCUGCAAAAGCUAUGUUUCCAUAUUACUGAGUUUUUUUAGAUUCAUGUGCAACAUAUCAAUUUUGCCAUUUUAGAUACACUAUUAGAUGCAAUUUACAUAAUUGUGAUAUCAUUUUUCAUUGCUGAGUUGCAGAGUUGUAAACUUGAUAGUUUCAUUUACUGAAAAUUUCCGAUAUUUACCACUUUUUAAUAAAAAAUUGACAGCCUAAAUCAAAAAUUCGAAACCAACAAUCACUAAAUUAAGUUUUUCUUUUAAAUGCUACAAACUUCACCAAAUUUGGUGCAUUGGUUGCUGAGAAAAAUUAAUUCUCCUUUUACAUGUAUUUAGACUGAUGCGCCCGAGCUAAAGUUUCCGCUUAAGAAGAAUUGCAUGACUCUGCAGUCAGUCAAAGUAAAUCAUGGGGUGAAAGUGGAUUUUGGGCACUGCUUACACCUAACACACCUUGCCCCUACUACUAAAGGUUUAUAGCCAAUACAGUUGCAUAUUGCUUGCUAUUGAUGUUUCAUUCUGAUAGUAUUUCAUUGCUGUUUUAGAAAUGCCCCUAAUGCUUGGCCAACAGCAUUGUCAAGAGGCACAUGAUUGAUCACAAGCUGCAAAUAAUCAUCUGGGUGCUGGCCCCCAUGGUACUGACCAAUUUAAGCCUAAAGGAAAGCAUUACUGUAGGUUUUAAAUAUCGAAAUGCACAGGGACAAAGAAGUCAUUGAUCUUAGCACCCAGUGAGCUGAUUUUGAAUAAUUUUGUUGCGCUUAAAGCAAAAAUUCAGAUAUACCAAUGGCUCCGAUCAUAUUCUUUACUUGGGCCAAUGUUUUUAUGAAGGUUGCUAAAAAUUGGGAAGAAAAUGAGUUUAUUUUAUGACUGUAAAUUGACAAAGGUAGAUAUCAGAGUUAUGCAAACUGCAUCUAUUGAGGUGUCAGACAUAAAUUAUAUGUCACCUGUCAUUGUCUUACCAGCAAUUGCUUGGUAGAACUUCUGCAGAAUUAUUGUAAACGAAGUACCAAUUGCAUGUAAGCUGUUAACCUCUAAUAGAUGCAACUUAUAGAACUUCCAAUAGCUGUAUUGAAUGAAGCUUUACACGUUUGUAGAACUUGAUGCAUAUUGUCUUUUUAUUUGCUGAUAUUCUGAGGUUUUGAUAGAAUAUGCGGGACCCUGAAUGAAAAUUCUUCUAGCAUUUGGUAGAACUUUAUUUUCUUAAAUGCAAUGAAAUCGUAUUGGAAUAGAAAAGUCAGAGCCUACUUUGUGUCGGGGUGUUCUCUUAAAUAUAAGGCUGGUAAGCCAUAAUCUUCAGCACUUGUAUAUUAAAGUGUGACAGUUUUAAUGCAUUGUGUAGGAUGGAUAAAACUUUAUUGGAUCUAUUUAAAUGUGCUUGGGCCCCUAGACAUCCGGGAGCCCCCUGGCCGACAUCUCUAGGCAAGCACGGUCCACCAGCCAGAGCUGGUCAUCCGAGCAAGUGGCCCAAAGAGCGGUCUCCCACAACAAAAAGUAAGGGUUGGGAAUAGGCUCUACCACGAUGGGGGCGUGGGGCAGCUCCACAAACAGUGGAAAAGAUCGGUCCGGGGCGCUCGGCAGGUGGUACAUUGUGGAUUAUGGAGACCAGGGAGACCGUUGUGUAUGUGCCUGUGUGAAUGGCUAGUACAGUAUUAAUUUUAUUUUGCAGGAUAUGCUGGUAAGACCAGCAAUCAAUGUUCUUUAUGGAAUAUAGGAAAGUGUUGGCUCAUCUGUUGGCCUACUGAUGCCCAAAAAGAAUAGUUGGUGAGCCUGUAUUUCGUACCACUUUCUGUGGAGUGACACAGUAAUCUUGUUAAAGAUAUUGAGCGAGCAUGUACUUGCCAAAGAAAAGGGUAUUGUACACAGAAGUCUGUGCAGGGUUUUUCAAAGAUGUAAUAAAGACUUUCUUGCAGA